AUGGCGGACGCGGCCGGGAAGGCGCAGGCGGCCCGCGAGGUGUGCGCGGCGUCGGCGGCCUUCUCGUCCUGCCCGCAUCGCCGCCGCUCCCCGCGCCGCGCGAUCUUCGUCGACUGUACCUCGUCCUCGCCGUACAUCGGCGAGGCCGCGUCGGAGGACGCCAUCAAGCGGCGGUACCGGCACCUCGCUCUGCAGCUGCACCCGGACAAGAACAGGCACCCCAAGGCGGAGGUCGCCUUCAAGCUCGUCUCCGAGGCGCACGCGUGCCUGACGGACAAGGCGCGCCGGAGGAACUUCGACGCCGAGCGGGCCACGGCCUUCUGCGCCGCGUGCCAUGACCGUGCGAGGGCCGCCACGACGCCCUGCGCGCCCACCCGGCGGCGCGCCAGCGACAGGAGGACGCCGGCGUCGUCCGAGGCAGCGUCCACACAGCAGCAGCACAACAAGGCCCGUGGCUCCGUCGCGAAGCAGCAGGGUGGCGGCGGGAGGAGGCCGCCCGCGCCGACGCAGGCGCUGCGGGAGGUGCAGAACCGGCUGCGGGACGAGUGCAGGGUCAUCGACGGCUGCCUGCGCGCCAACGCCGCCGGCGCGCGCAGGCGCCAGUCCUUCCCGCUCUUCGACCCGUCCGACAGGCAGCGCUUCCCGGACUACCCGCACGCCCGGCCCCCGCCGUCGUUCGCCGAGUGCCGGCCGUUCGAGGAGGAGGAGCUCCGCGCGGGCCAGCCACCACCAGAGCUGGUGCACAAACGGCAGCUGCGAGUCGCCGGUGUACCAGGUCAGGACCGCGCCGGAGCACGCCACGAGGGCGAACCGCCCUUGGUGAUAUGA